AUGAGCGCGCCGCAAGGAGCAGGCGAGGCGGAGAAGAACAUCGAGAUAUGGAAGGUCAAGAAGUUGAUUAAGCGCCUGGAGGCAGCGCGUGGAAAUGGAACUUCAAUGAUUUCGUUGAUUAUCCCUCCAAAGGAUCAGAUCUCGAGAGCAGCGAAGAUGUUGGCUGAAGAAUUCGGAACCGCGUCUAACAUCAAAUCCCGAGUUAACCGUCUAUCCGUUCUGUCGGCCAUUACGUCUACUCAGCAGCGUCUGAAGCUGUACACCAGGGUUCCUCCAAAUGGUCUUGUGGUCUACUGCGGCGAAAUUAUCACUUCCGAAGGAAAGGAACGUAAAAUCAACAUCGACUUUGAGCCGUUCAAGCCUAUCAAUACCUCCCUUUAUCUCUGUGACAACAAGUUCCAUACCGAAGCCCUCAGCGAACUUCUCGAGUCCGACCAGAAAUUCGGCUUCAUUAUCAUGGAUGGAAAUGGUGCACUCUUUGGUACUCUAUCCGGAAAUACCAGAGACGUCGUGCACAAAUUCAGUGUCGACUUACCCAAGAAGCACGGUCGUGGUGGUCAGUCUGCUCUGCGUUUUGCCCGUCUCCGUGAGGAAAAGCGUCACAAUUACGUCCGUAAAGUUGCCGAACUUGCUGUCCAGAACUUCAUUACUGCCGAUAAGGUCAACGUUGCCGGUUUGAUUCUUGCUGGUUCUGCCGAUUUCAAGAAUGACCUUAACCAGUCCGAUCUCUUCGACAACCGCCUCCAGUCCAAGGUCAUCAAGGUCGUUGACGUGUCAUAUGGUGGUGAAAACGGAUUUAACCAGGCUAUUGAACUUUCCUCCGAGACUCUCGGCAACGUCAAGUUUAUUCAGGAGAAGAAGCUUAUUGGCAAAUACUUUGAGGAAAUCAGCCAGGAUAGCGGACGUGUUUGCUACGGCGUUGAAGAUACCCUGAAAGCACUCGAGCUUGGAGCCGCUGAGACUCUUAUCGUUUUUGAGAACUUGGACAUCACUCGUUGGGUUCUCAGGCCUUCCAGCGGAUCUGACAUCGUACUCCACACCACCAAGGCCCAGGAGGCCAACAGAGAGCAGUUCAUGGACAAGGAAACCGGACAGGAAAUGGAAAUCGUUGAUCAGGGAUCUCUCCUUGAAUGGCUUGCUGAGAACUACAAGGAUUUCGGUGCCACUCUGGAGUUUGUUUCUGACAAGUCUGGCGAGGGUAACCAGUUCGUCAAGGGCUUCGGUGGUAUUGGAGCAAUGCUCCGCUACAAGGUCAACUUCGAACAAUUAGCCGAUGUUGAAGAAGACGAUGAUGAAUUUUACGAUGGUAUGUACUGCACGAUGGCUUUUACAUUGUGUACCGAUAUGCUGACCCAUUACAACUAG